AUGUACAUUGCUCUACUGGCCUUUGCCACGGUCUGCAAUGCUGGCUGCUACUUGAAGCCGUUGCUCCUCACGGACUUCAUGCACCCUCCCAAAGGUUGCCAGGAUGAGGAUGGUGAACUGCAUGACUUUAUGGCGGAAUGGAAUAAGCACUGCUAUGAGUGCGUCUGCUUCCACCACGGAGCAAUCUGCUGUGACACGAUAAACAUCGCUGUGGCUCAUUCCCCGGAGUGUGAGGCGGUUGUUGACAGACAGGCCUGCACAUCCAAAGUUGUCCUGAAGUCUGACAAAACUAAGGAAUGUGUUUAAAUGUAAGCUCUCUAAAUUCAACACUGGA